AUGUUAGUUGUUUAUACCUAUACAUGCAAUUUACAAAAUGAUCGUAUCUUGGUAAAUCAUCGAUUUGUUGCACGUACUAUUGAUCAUGAUCAACAGGCAAAUGUACAACAUAUGGUAUGGUUGUGCAGAAAUAGUAAUAUUGGCGGCAUCAAUUUACAUUCAUCGGAUACUAUUGAACAUAGUUUACGAAUUCUCUCUCAUGUAUAUCACUUAAAGUGGCAUUGGUACAUGCCACCAAUCGGAGUUUCAGCAUCGGAUUUCAUGCAACGCAAUUCUUAUUUUCCUCCUCUUCAUCUUCGCUCUAUACAUCUCCAAGUGAUUGGUAUUGAUGACGCACAAGCAGUAAUUUAUGCAAGUUUACUACGAAAUUUACUAACAAAUGCAGUUCUUCUUCAAUGUCUGAGCGUUCCAUGGAGCAUAGUACGUGAAUUAGGUCAUUGUUGUUCUUCUUCAGCACAAUCGUAUCGUCUUGGAAGUUUAUUUUUACGCUUUGGACGGUCACAACCCAUUUUUGGACAACCAGAACCUAGUUAUGAACCAGUGGAUGGUUCAAUGCUAGCUCUACUAUUUCCACGUUUACGUCUUUGUCAUUGUAUGGAGGUUUUUAUCUAA